AGAUACUUGCAUGCACCCGAUGCACACAUGAUAUAACCGCAAUAUGAACUUUGAAAUUGCAAUUUUUUAUCUAAAAACGUGGAAAUAAAUAAGAAAUGUAGAGCAUCUUUUAUCUCAUAUAUACAUUGUAUUAAUACAUAAUUAAAUAUGGUAUCAUAUCCAUCAAUCAAUCUAGUAGAUUCAAUAAUUGACGAAGUUUCAUUAGAAGGUUUGGAUGGUAUUACCAUAGAAGCAUUAUGGUUACGUUUAGCACACAGGCUUCACAAUCCUUUGCCAUUUUCAAAACCAUUCAUGAUUCAAAUAUGGUCAAUAUGUGUACAAAUAAGAGAAUUUGCAUUUUAUGAACUGGAAACUGCAAGGGAACCACUUGUAAUUUUUGAUCGUUAUCAAUUUGUAGAUCCUGAUUUAGGUAUUAUAUUAGAACCAGAUGAUGUACCCUCAGAUAUUUAUCCACAUUGUCCCAUACAUGAUAUUGUUAAUGAUAUUAAAGGAUCUUGCUCAACUUAUUAUACCCGGAAACAGAUCACAGACUUAGUAAGAAGUCUCAGUUUAGACAAGGCUAUAGAAAAAUAUGGACAAAAAUUGGUUAUUGUUGCAUUGCAGUCUGCCAGAAACCAUGCAUUAAUGGGAGAUGAGGUAUCUCCGAUACUUGAGUUGAAUGUGGUACAGUAUUGUUUUUUAGAAAGAGUAGGACGAUCAAGAUAUCAUGGGGAAGUUACUCAAGGAAAACUUAGUCUUAAUGCUCUAAAAGAAGAUCCUAAGAGUCUAUUUUAUCACAGAAAAUAUUUAUUACGUCAUAAAUUAAUAACAAAGCAAAUACAUCAUCAGAAAAGUGGCGGUCAUUGUUUUAGUGGAAGUCUUUUACACCUUCCAAGGUUUUUUGUUGAAAGAAAACCAAAGAUAAUCUUCUUGGCUGAGGAAGUUAUCAAAAUUCUUAAAUCAAAACCUGAUUAUAUUGCAGAGUAUGACGAGAUAAAACGUAAAUUGCGGAUCGAAAAUGCGAUAAAGAAGUUGUUUAAAACUUCGUUCUUUCAAAAAGUUGUUAAAACAGACAUGAGAGUACCGUACAGAACUUUGUACCCGAAUGCGCAGCCUACAGAAUGGCAAUUGAAAAAUACUCCGACAAAAGAAAAGAAGAUUAAAGUGGUACAGCUGUUAACUCCGAAUGUUGAUAUUUCUGAAGCAUGGAAUAAAGAUGAAAUACAAGAAGACGAUGAACCACAAGAAUUAAAUAUUUCAAAUCACAAGUAUAGCGUACCUUACUUAAAACAAGCAAAUAAGAUAGUUGAAGCUAAUGGAAACGACGGAGUAUGUCAAGGAAGUUUGUCUAAAAUAAUGGGUUUGACCAAAUUGCAGUCACGAACGAUUUUACGAAAUUUAGUUAAAACAAAUAUUGUUGCUACUUAUAUGAGUGACUUUGGAAGGCAGAGGGUUACGAAAUACGUGUCAAAAAGGUAUGAGAAGGGUAGUAACUUGAGUAAACAGUUUAAGAAGGAAAUGCAUAAAAUCAAAGAAUUUACAAAACAAAUUGCAAGUGAAACUGAUGAUUUAGAAAGAAGUAAAAUGGCUGCAGAAGUGAUCACAGCAGUAGAAAAGGAUACUACGGUCAGUCCUUUAAAGGAGGAAAUAAAAGACAUUAAAUAUAGUACAAUUUGCAAAGAUACUGAUACAAAUUGUACUGUUAGUACAGAAGAAAAGUCAAAUGUAGCUACAGUAGAAUUACAAAAAGUAUUUUAUGUUGUCAAUAGAAUAUUAUACAAAUAUCGUCUAAUAAAACGUCCAAAUAGAUACAAACAAACAAGUAGACCUAAUAAAAUUGAAACGAAAGAAAAAGAUAUAAAUUCUGAUAAUGCAACGUCGCAAACUAAUGAAAUAUCGGAUGAUCAAAAGGUAGCAAAUGUUUAUAAAAAUAUAAAAGUUGAUCUGACAGUUUUGCCGGUUAAAAGUGCUAAUAAAUCAGAAAACGAAGUAUACGGGUUUAUGGAAAAUGUACAAAAUAGUGAAAGGAAAAGUACGACGAAUAUUACGUACAGAUUAUUAAAAAGGGCUAAUCUGAUUAUAGAAUCAGUUAAACAACAUCAGGUCAUUGAUGACAUGGCGAAGUUAAUAAAAAUGAUACACGAAGAAGAGGAUAAGGAAGGGUAUGAUGUGAAAAUUGAUAAGAAAUCUUUGGUGAGAUUGUUACAGAAACUUGCAAAGGACAAUUUAAUAAAACAUAUUAAAAUAGUACUAAGUGGAAAUGGAAGAGAGAAAACUUUAACGUUUAUAUGUGAUCCAAAUAUUGAUGUAAAUAGUGCUGUUAUUCAAUCAGCUGUGGAACAAGCAAAAUUAAAAUUUUAUUUAUUAGGCUGCGAGAAAUCUAAAUCAUCCAUUAAAAGAAAUAUAGAAAAAUCAGAGGCUACUAAAGAUGCUGAUACUGACGAUGCAACAGAUAAAUCUGAAAAUAAUAAAUCUUCAUUUAAACAACCUACAUUAUUACCAACAUCGUGUAAAUAUGCUUCUAGAGUAUCAAGAAAAUACGGGUAUAGCCCUAAAUUUCUUCGUAUGCAAGCAUUACACAUAUUUUUAUUCUAUUUAGUUUAUGAACAUCGUGGUGCACCUGUACUUUCGCGAGCCGAGCAGCUACAACUUUUACGAAAUAAUGAUAUUGAUAUUGCAGAAGAAUUAAUAGAAGAAUUUAGUACUAUUUAUACUAAAGAUGUUAGUUGGAAAAUGUUUGUACCACCUUUACCAAAAUAUACAGGUUGGCCUUUAGGGUGGGCAUUAAUGUGUGAUAUCCUUCUACGACUACCCCUCUCAAUAUUCGUAAAAAUUCAUUAUAUCUCAUACACCGUGCCAGACAUAGAGAAAUAUUUAAAUCAUCCUGUGCGCAAACAUUAUUUAGUCAGAGAUCUACCGACUGAUCUUCGGAGUUCUUUAUUACACGCAAGAAAAUAUAUAUUUAACAUUCAUGAAACAGUGACGAGAUUAUGUUACAUUGGGUUAGUACAAUUUGGGCCCCAAAAAUUGAAGGAGAAGGAUCAGGUAUUCAUUUACGUGAAUCGUCGAACAGAAUUAAUGGACACAACAUCGUCUGCGCCUAAUUACCACGUGAUUCAAGAUAAACCUUAUCCCAUCACCAAGUAUCACUUCAUUGAGAUUCAAGCAGUUGACAAGUAUUGGUACGACAUGUGGAAUAUAUGCAUCAACACACCACUGGGUGGUCGACUGGUUGUCGAAGGGAAAGACAUAGUGCUAGAGGAUUUAAAUAAGAAAAGCGACAUGGUCCAAUCAAUUGUAGCUCGUUCCCCAGAAGAAGCUGUGAAACUGGAUGUUGGUAAAGUACCUGGUGACCGUAAAGGUGCUGCAGGAAUAGAUUCAGCGUGUUUCGCUCAUCUUAAACGUAAUUGGAAUUGGGGUAUCAGUACCACUACUCCCCAAACGAAAAAGAAACAAAAUGAAAUGUGUGAAAGGGACAAGUAUCUCUCUAAAAUAAAAGUGAAACCCAUCAAGUUCACCGAGUUUGUCGGUUUGAAAACAGUAUGCGGUCCUCCUUCUGUCGACGUGACAGAACUUCGAAAAAAGGUGCAAACUAAAUUGGACGAAUGUUUGUUUCAUCAGAAGAAGUACGAGGCAUUGCCUUAUAAACGAAACGCCAAGCAAAAAUCCUACGUUAGGAGGGUACUGCCUCGGAAAUGUCCCAGUAAAAGGCGAACGAAGUACGACGAAACUGAUUACCGUGCCUUGCAACGAAUGCAUAAAUUACGAGUAGAUUGGGACCCACACGAAGAUAAGAUUCUACUUGUUUGUAAGAUCGUUAUGGUGUAUCUUUGUUCAAACCCCCGCAAACAAGUGGUACCAUUUUCUAUAGUAAGAGAUGUGUUACGAUCAUAUUCCUUCGCUUCUCACAAUAAAACAUCAAGAGCUUGUCAACGAAGACUUUUGUACAUACUCAGACAGCAACGCAACGUUGAUGCAGUUUCUUUAGGGGUUGAGGAACUGAAACAAAAUUUCUUCAUCAAGAAACGUUUUGAUGGUAUAGUAGAGAAGCUCAAGAAGGAACAUAAAACCACUGUCGAAUACGAAAAACAAGUUGAAGAUGCGUUUAAAUAUCUUACUGCUUACACUGCAAAGAAGUAUUAUGAUAUCUCUGUUGGAUCUAAAGAACCCAUUCCUGUACCACGUACAGUACAGGAAUUUAAUUUGUUGUACAAAGUAGUGCACCCUGCUAAACAGUUUAGUAACAGAGGAUUCACUAAAGAUGUGAGAAACAUCAAUGAUAUACAUUUUGUGGUAAUCAACUCUGUUAUUCAUAGUUCUAUGUGCUGCGGAAAGGAUAGAAGAUCCUGGGCAUAUCAGUUGUUUAAAAUAUAUCAACAGUACCCUGAGAUGCUUUUGAGAAAUGCCAUGUCAAAAAUUAGAAGCGAUCAGAUGGUAUCGAUCAGAAAAAAUCAUUUGACUGCUUUAAGAAAAUUUGGUAAUUACAUGCCAAUGAGUAGUUCUCAGUACCAAUUAAGUAGCACUUACAUGUACACACUUCAAACUAAAUGGCCGUACAAUUUAUUCAAAGAAUCUUAUGAUGUUUUUCUUAAGCUCAGCAGUCACUAUUGUGAAAAUCAGAUGGAUGAAUCGAGUACCUUUAAUGGUAUCGAAGUGUUACCAGUUACUGGUGGUGUAGUAGGAGCGAUACACGACUAUGUCAUACAGAAUCAAAUGGACUUUGAUAUUGAAAUACCUGAUCAAGUUAUAAUGCUUGAUCCAAGAUUACAAGAAAAGGAUGAGACUUAUUUUAGGAUAGCUCAAAGGUAUCAGGAUGUAUUUUCUAGCUUAGAUAGUUUGAAAUUUAUAAAGGAAUCUUCUUUACAUAAUAUUAGUACCAAUGGGCAACGUAAUGAUCACGAUAAAGAUAUGCGUAAUGAUGAUGAGAAAUUAGACGGAGAUGGCUUUUCAGAUUUCGGUACAGAGAAGAAUACGCUUUCGCAAGAAGAUGAAGGGAAGAAGAAGAACGUCGAAGACGCGAAACAUUUUAUGAAUAUAGAUUUUAAUUUUGAUAGCGAUGAAGAGAAUGGUCGCAAUAUCGAUGAUGAAUCUAAUGUAAUUAAAUUUCAAGAUGGAACGAAAAUUGUGUUAAACGAAGGCGACUUAGAACGUGAUGAUGAUUCAUCAGCGAUGGACAUUUCUAACGAUUCUAUAAUGGACGAUCAAAUAAAAAGUCAAAGUUCAGAAUCUGAAAAUGUGAGUCAAAUGCAGGGUGGUAAUUUUAAGCCAUUAUUAAAAUGUACAAAUAGUGAUCAAGAGGAGGUAAUUAUAAAAAAGAGACUAAGAGAUAAUAGUGAAUUUGAUGUGGAUGAACUUGCUCAAAAAAGAACAAAAUUAGAUAUUGAAAAAGAAAAGAAAGAUGAAGAGAAACUGCAAGGCAAUAAUGAAAUUGAACUAACUGAUAAAAACUUAAAUAUUAAUGAUUCAGAACCUAAUAGUAAAGAAUGUACAUCAAACGAGGAAUGUGAAAGUUCUCCACGAUCAAAGAAGAACUCUUAUACCCGCGUUAAUGAUAUUUUAAAGAAUAUACCCCUUGAGCGAAAUUAUUUAAAAACGUGUCACAAGGUUGACGAUUCAGCUGAUAUAGAUAAACGUUAUACUCGCAUAGCUUUAUUGAGAAUGAGAGAAGAAUUGAGUGAACUGACAGCGGCCGACAGUCAUCACGCGCACGAAUAUUUUGUUGUAAAUAUGUUCAAAGUUCUGUAUUCCUUGUAUACAUCGAACACGCAAAAAGAAAUUGAAGUAUUUAAGGGUAUUUCGAUACCUAAAGAAUUAUUACCUUUAAAAUUAAAUCCUAUAAAUGAUAUAAUACAAGAAAUAAGUAAGUUUGCUGUUUUUCCUAAAGACGGUAUCUCUUAUUAUGAUUUCAAGAAAAAAUUGUCCAAAAACUCUUCAUUGAACUUGGAUGAUAUUGAGAUGGUUUAUAAGUUUGUACGUGAUAAGAAGGAAAUUGGAGCUAGUAUCAAAGAAUUGAUAGAUAAAUUUGAAAGUUCUUUGGGAGAAGAUUUACGUCGUAUCACCGUACUUCUUACAGAGCAUCGUUUAUUUUUACGAGCCGGUGUAACGACUGUUAGAUUCGUUCAUCAUCGUCAUGCGGAUGCAUGGUUGAUACAUUCGUAUAAAAUAUACCGCCUUGAGAAAGAGUCUCUCAUGCCGAUACCUAAGGGAACGGUGUAUAUACCAGAAUCGAAGGAAAUGGUAAACGAAAGUACCGAUAUAAAUAUGGCGGGGAAACACGAUAAAAAUUCUACUUUACCAUCGGAAGAUAAAUUAUUAAAAAAUGAAGAGGAUACUAAAUCAGACUUACAGAAUCGGAAGAAUGAAGAGUUCGACAAGGACGUAGGUGGCCGUAGUGAUGAAGAUUGCACUGUCCAAGUGAAAAAACGAAUGCAGAGGAAAAGGACUCGGUUACUACCUCAGAAGGAUAUAUCCAGAGCUGUAAAGCAAUUAGACUUAAAUACAAAACAAGAAGUGAAGGUAGUAAUGAAACCGUGGAUUCGAAUAGACGGAGUUUUAAAUCGUAGAGUGCUCGAUCGUAUGUUGGGCUCGGUUUUGUCUUAUUGUUUAACACAUCCAGGUAUCGCAUUACCUAAAUUGCAAAACAGAUUUGUUCCUGUUUUGCAACCAUGUCAUACGAGGGAACUAGUCGAGAUACUAAUCAAGGUGGGAUGUGUGGAAAAGAUUGUCUUGAAGAAACCAUGUGUAACAUUAUUCUCAAAACCCUCACAACUUAAGCCAAAAAUCACUACUGAUGAUUGGUCUGCUGAAGAAGACAUCUUUUUUGAACCUACAAGUGGUGCUAUAUUAAAAUUUGGUAUAUUUUUAAGUACUAAAAUGUAUAAUACAGAUUUCAUUAGCUAAUUUUACAAAUAAUGAUUAAAAUUAUGUAAGACGAAUCUAAGAAAAUAAUGCAUAAAAAAAUACAAUUAGAUUUAUUUAUUGAAAUUGUAUCAAAAGUAUAGAUUUAAAGUUGCAUUCAUUUUAUUUCUAUAUAUAUUUUUUUAAACAAUGAAUUCCUACAUUCGAACAAUUUAUAUAUUAUUUAAUUUGUAAU